AUGUCAAACAAAAUCCAACCCAACACGUCCACUCCUGGCAGAAAUGCAACGAGACUAUUGGUGGUUUCAAAUCGUUUGCCGGUUACAAUUACAAAGACCAAUGAUGAAUAUGCUUUCAGGAUGUCUUCCGGUGGCCUAGUGAGUGCACUUAGUGGCUUAAAAAAAAUGAUGACCUUUACUUGGAUUGGUUGGCCUGGACUCCAUAUACCCGAAGAAGAAAGAAAAGUUGUCACUGAAAAAUUGAAAGAACAUUCUUGUCUUCCUGUUUUUGUCAACGAUGAUCUAGCAGACCGUCACUAUAACGGUUUCUCAAACUCAAUAUUGUGGCCGUUGUUUCAUUAUCAUCCCGGUGAAAUUACUUUCAAUCAAGAGGAUUGGGACGCCUAUGAAAGUGUCAAUGGUCUUUUUGCCGAUGCUAUUAACAACAUCGUUCAAGAUGGUGAUUUGGUUUGGAUUCAAGAUUACCAUUUGAUGCUAUUGCCAAGUAUGUUGAGGGAGAGGAUAGGCGAUAAUAAACAGGAUGUUAAGAUUGGAUUCUUUUUACACACUCCUUUUCCUAGUAGCGAGAUUUAUCGGGAGGUUCUCAUCGGGGUCCUGAGUUCAGAUCUCAUUGGAUUCCACACAUACGAUUACGCUCGCCACUUUUUGUCCUCAUGCACUCGUAUUCUAGGUCUAUCAACAAUGCCCAAUAGCGCUGAUUACGAAGGUAGACACGUGCACGUUGGAACGUUUCCCAUUGGAAUUGAUCCAGAAAAAUUUAUCGAAGGAUUGAAUCAGUCAAAAAUUCAAGAACGGAUCAAAGCAUUGGAAGAAGAAUUUAAAGAUGUUAAACUAAUUGUCGGUGUAGAUCGCCUUGACUACAUCAAAGGUGUUCCACAUAAGAUUCAUGCUUUUGAGGUAUUCCUGAGUGAACACCCGGAAUGGGUCGGAAAGGUUGUCCUCGUUCAAGUGGCUGUGCCCUCUCGACAAGAUGUUGAGGAAUAUCAGAAUGUGCGCAACCUUGUUAACGAAUUGGUCGGGAGAACGAAUGGCAAAUUUGGAACAGUAGAAUUUGUUCCAAUUCACUUUAUUCAUCGGUCGGUUUCUUUCGAUGAGCUGGUUGCGUUGUACGCAGUAUCGGAUGUUUGUCUGGUGUCCUCCACCAGGGAUGGAAUGAACCUCGUUUCUUAUGAAUAUGUUUCGUGUCAACAAAAGAAGAAUGGCGUACUGAUACUCAGUGAAUUUGCUGGUGCGGCUCAAUCAUUAAAUGGUUCUCUCAUUGUGAAUCCUUGGAACGCCGAAGAGCUUUCCAAUGCAAUCUACGAAGCUGUUAAUAUGCCCAUUUCUUUGCGCAAAUCAAAUCAUCAAAAAUUAUACCGAUAUGUUAAUAAAUAUACUGCUGCCAAUUGGGGUACGAGUUUCGUUAAUGAACUGAAGGAAUACGGUGUUCGCGAAAAACUUCGACAUUUGGAAUUUAGAAAAACAGUGGAAUCGGCGAAAAGCGCGAAGAAGCGAGUCAUCUUGUUGGAUUACGACGGUACUUUAACUUCUACAGGCACGAUGCCGGAAUUCGCUAAUCCGUCUAGUAACAUUCUAAGAAUCCUCAAGCAUCCUCAGUGUUUGCAGGGACAGGUCGACCCCACUAAACAUGGUAUUUCGGAUGGAAGGAUUAUUAUAGAUGAGACCGAUGGCUGGUACAGACUUGUUGAACAAGUCGAUCCUGCGUGGAAAGAGAAAAUUUUGCCUCUAUUUUCGCAUUAUACGGAACGAACUCCGGGCUCUUUUAUCGAAGAAAAGGAGAUCAACAUAACAUGGCAUUAUCAGGGUGCAGAUUCCGAAUUUGGAAAUUGGCAGGCGAGCGAGCUUCAAGUUAACCUAGAGAAACUUCUGUGUCACAUUCCUCUAUCAGCUUUGGAAGUUCGACCGGUAACGGUUGACAAAUCGACCGCGGUUCGGGCCAUCAUUAAAGAUCUAAGGCAAUCGGAGGAUGAUGUUGAUUUUGUUUUGUGUAUUGGGGAUAGCAAAAGCGAUGAACCAGUAUUUUCCAUAUUGAAAGAGUUAAUGCCGGAUUGCUACACAAGCACUGUCGGAAAGAAACAAACUGAAGCAAAGUAUUACCUUGAAAAUAAUCCAAAAACACGAAGUGAGAUUGAAAGUUUGAGGGGUAAUGUUGAAGAAUUGGAAAAACGCCUUCGUAAUAGAAUUUCGUUUGGUACCGCCGGUUUGCGAUCAAGUAUGCAAGCCGGGUUUUCAAGGAUGAAUGAUCUUACGGUGAUACAGGCUUCACAGGGCUUCUGCAUGUAUCUUGCGAACACCAUCCCAGAAUCGCGUGACCGGGGUGUGGUAAUAGGAUAUGACCAUAGGCAUAACUCCGAGAAUUUUGCAAGAUUAAGUGCAGCAGUGUUCUUAUCGAAAGAUUUCAAGGUCUAUUUUUAUCGUGGCGUUGUGCAUACUCCAUUAGUGCCGUAUGGUGUUAAGAAAUUGGAAGCGGCUUGUGGAAUAUCAGAUGAAAUAGAGAAGAAUCUUGAACCCUGGGUGUGGGAUUCUGAACUAGUAGAUAGUCAUAGGCUAUGCAUUGAUAAAACCAAAGAAAUUUCAGAUGCUUAUUUCGAGGAGAUCAGAGAGUUGGCGCGUUACAGGGAAGACAACGCCGCAUCAAAUAUCAAAAUUGUGUACACGCCAAUGCAUGGAGUUGGAUACCCUGCAGCAAAGCGAGCAUUCGAGGUAUUUUCUUUGAACCCGUUUAUACUCACCAGUCAACAGACCCAGAAUCCGGAUUUCCCAACUGUAAAAUUCCCUAAUCCAGAAGAGGGAGAGAGCGCAUUGGAGUUGGCCAUGCAAACAGCCGAUGAAUCCGGAGCUCGCUUUAUAUUUGCAAAUGACCCAGAUGCGGAUAGGUUUGCUGUUGCAGAAAAGCAAAAAGAGUAA